CUAUUGUCAGAGCUCCGUUCUCUAGCAACCAGACUCAUCAUUCGUUCCUGAUUGGUGGAUUUUCAAGUUUCCGCCAUUUUCAAACUUCCUUUGGCAGCGGUUUGAAUUGUGUCUUCUUUAAUGUAGCCACUUGUAAAAAAAAAAAAAAAAAACAAUUAUAAUUACCACUUACACUUUCAUGUUUAGUUUUUAGAAUAGUUUUGGUGUCAUAUCGAUCCUGCAGUGUAUUUCUUGUAAAUGGAGGACACGGCAGAUCCCCAGAUCCAAAUUAAAGAGUCAGAGAAUGAGAGUCUGAAACGGAAAGCUGGAUCCAAGAGAAGAAAUUCCUCCAUCAACUCUGAAUCAACUACGCCAGAAAGCAGCAACUCAAAGCGGCCUCCACUCCGACGAGGAAGCUCUUUCACCUUCCUAACUCCAGGGCCGAACUGGGAUUUCACUUUGAAAAGAAAACGAAGAGAGAAAGAUGAUGAUGCUGUUAGUCUGUGCAGUUUUGAUUUUAAGGAGCCAAGUAACAAACGGGUUCGACCUCUUGGAAGGGUAACAUCACUGGCCAACCUAAUCUCACCUGCAAGAAAUGGCGCUGUCAGGCGAUUUGGACAAACAAUCCAGUCCAUCUCAUUUCGAGGGGAAAGCAAAUCACCAAGUGGUUCCCAGAAAUCGUGCAGCAAAACUGCAGCCCCAACCCCACCAAAGAGGCGUAACAGCACUCUUUGGUCUGAGACUCUGGAUGUUUCCAUGAAAGGAAACUUUUCAGCUAAAGAAAUCAAGAGACAGGAGGCUAUUUUUGAACUGUCUCGAGGGGAAAAAGAUUUAAUCGAAGACCUCAAGUUAGCUAGGAAGGCUUACCAUGAUCCCAUGCUGAAGCUGUCUAUUAUGUCUGAGGAAGAACUAACUCAUAUCUUUGGGGAUCUGGAUUCAUAUAUCCCUCUGCAUGAAGAUCUUCUGGCACAACUUACAAAGGCAACAGGUCCAGACGGAACUGUGGGGCAAAUCGGUCACAUAUUUGUAAACUGGUUGCCAGGCCUCAAUGCUUAUAAAGCGUACUGCAGUAAGCAGCUUGCAGCAAAGACACUCCUGGAUCAGAAAAAGCAGGACCGCAGAGUACAGGACUUUCUCCAGCGCUGCCUGGAGUCUCCAUUCAGCCGCAAGCUGGACCUCUGGAGCUUCCUUGACAUUCCACGAAGCAGACUGGUUAAAUAUCCCCUGUUGCUGAAAGAGAUUUUAAAACACACUCCCAAUGAUCACCCAGACGUGCAGAGCCUGGAAGGAGCGAUUUCCAUAAUCCAUGAAGUUCUUUCUGGUAUCGAUCUUAAGAAAGGUGAAUCUGACUGCCAGUACUUUAUUGACAAACUCGAGUAUCUUGAUGACCGACAGAAGGACCCGCGUAUUGAAACAAGCAAGACAUUGCUCUGUCAUGGAGAAUUACGGAACAAAAGUGGAACGAAACUUCAUGUAUUCUUGUUCCAAGACAUCUUGAUUUUCACUCGUCCGGUUACCCGCAAUGAGCAGCAGUGUUAUCAGGUGUAUCGUCAGCCCAUCCCAGUGCAGGACCUGGUUCUUGAAGACCUGCAGGAUGGAGAUGUCAAAAUGGGAGGUUCCUUCAGAGGAGCUUUUAGCAACUCAGACAAAGCUAAACAUAUUUUCAGGGUGCGAUUCCAAGACACAACUCAGGGUCAGUCCCAUACUUUGCAAGGCAGCGAUAUCUUCCAUAAGCAACAGUGGCUCAACUGUAUCCGUACUGCUAUAGCAGCACACCAAACGGCCCAGUCCCCAACAAGAGAAAGGGAGCUCCCACAGCUUAAUGAGGAACCAGAAUGCUGUUCCCCUCAGGCAAGGAACAUCAAAGUGAAGAGGCUGUCAUCUACCCUUUCUGGCAUUGUCCAUAUGGAGGCAGAUGAAAACACUUCCGAGACUGCUUCUAUUGAGGACACCACAGAGGAAGUUGAAAAUGUACAAACUUCAGUUUGCAAAAAAACAUCUAUAAAGAAAACAAAAAAAGAAAAGUCCCGGUCAAUAGGGAAAAGAAAAGAAACUUUGGUGUAAAUAAAAGCCAUUGCUGGAUAAUAUUGUAAUAUUCUUUUAAUUGUUAUGUUUUUCUUUGUAUAUAUCUUUUUAAUGGCAGCUAAUUCAAUGCAGGCAUCUGUAUGGAAAAAAACUUAGGGUCUGUUUUAGGUUUGAUGAAUCGCUACAAUGUGGUAAGUGUUCAGGGGUUAGACUAGCUGAUUCAUUCACGUUUUAAAUUGUUUGAGAAAUGUAAAUAAGUGGACAAGAUUUUAAGUACAGACCCCAGGUUCAAUAGUUUUUAGUGGAACACACUCUUUCAAAAGUAUUUGUACAUUCCUUAUUGUACAGAUUUUAUCCUGCCAAGCCAUGAAUUUACUAUAUUAGUUAUAUAUAUUUUUUUCAUUAAAUUAAAUGUAGAAUAUUGUUAUUUUUCUUUUUUCUUUUGUUCUUAAACAAUCAGCAGGUUUUAUUUUUUAUAGAACACUUGUCCUUUUUAAUAUGGUAUUUUUUUACUGAAAAUUAUAAACUGAGCCACAGUGGGUUUGAGCGAACAGCUAUAAAACAGAUCAAACCAUCCAAUGUAGUGGCUUGCAUGAGGAUUUUUUGUUGUUAUUGCAGGCAUGUAAAAUGCUUUUUGUUUGGAACUACUGAGAGAGAACUGCCAUUUAAAUGUUUGAAAUAAAGAGGUAAACUGGUAUGUACAGAAGGUUAGCGAGGAAGAUAAAAUGGAAGGGGAAAAAAUGGUGUACAUUAAAAAUGAAUUGUAAUUACAAAAUAGAACUAAAAGGUUUCUGUGCAAAUUGAUCAGCAUGUUAAGAAUACAAGCAUUGUGCUUUUUAAAAUGUGUUUUGCUUAUAUGAGGGAUUUCAUUUUGGUAUAAAAAGCUAAGAAGUCAUGCGAAAAAAGGAUGAAAAGGGUAUGUUGGGGAAGAUGAGUUUUGUAGAAAGAUGUGGCAUGUUGUAACUUGGACUGUAAAUAUAUGGAUGUUUAUGAAGGGGCAGUUCUCUAUGUGGUGUACAAUAUCAAAUUAUGAAGUACAAUAAAAUUCUAUGUAAGGAAACAUUUA